CUCCUUUUGAACAAUGAUGGAUCAAAAAUGAUGGAACUAGAAUAUUGUGUUUUUCUAAAAGUUGUUUGUAUUAUUAAAGAUCUUUGUCCCUUAGAAAGAUUUAAAAUACAUACGUUGUUGCUGUGAAACCACGGACAAAUAUUCUAUAUUGGAAAAAGGACUUUAAUGGGCCUUUUUUAUAUAAAUAAUAUUAAUUCUCAGUUCACUGAAGAAUGAUGUGUAUAGUUUACAUAAAUGUGUUGUAUAUAGUAUUAUAUUUUAAUACUUAAAAAGUAUAUGCAGCUUUUCUGGUGUAUGUAAAGCGAUGUUAUGAAACCUUGACUUUUUAAAUCGGUUAAAUAUGGCUGGAAAUGACUUAAACUCGUUCAGAAAAAAAUGGAAACAUGAAAUCAAAACAAAACAACAAAGCCUUGUUGAAAAGUGUAAAAAAAAUCAAGUGUGCAACAAAAAUGACUCGACAUCUGAUGAUUGCCAGAACGAUGGUAAUUCGAAUGCUAUAGAAAGGAUUUUUAACACCUCGCAAUAUAAAGGCACCAAGGGGCUUGACAAUUCUGAAUAUUUCCACACGGUUUCUAAGAAACCAAAGAUAGAACCGAAUCAACCAAUAGCAUUACUAACGCUAGAAAUUCCAAGCUACCAUCAAUCUGACAGUAUAGACAUUGCCAAUAAAACAAGCAACCAAUCAAAUGUUUCCAUACCACAUCACCAAGUCAACGAAGAUUUACUAUCGUUAUUGAUACGAGACAUUGAUGAGACAACUACGAUUCCAUUCUUCGACAUACGCCUUCCCAAGGAGAUUUGCAUAAAAAUUCUCAGCCACUUAGAUGUGGUGGGCUUAUGUAGGUGUUCCUGUGUUAGUAAGGCAUGGGCUUCCAUUGCUAAUGAUGAGUUACUGUGGUAUAAUGUGUACAAGAGACUUGGCUUCAAGGAUAAAGGGAGUAACGUCAGGGAACAAGUUGACUGGAAAGGCCUUGUGAGGGAUGGAAUUUUAAGGCGGCAUUUGGUCACUCAGAAUUGGAAGGAGCGAAUAUGUCAGAUUCAAACUUUCGAAUAUGAAAAAGGUUUUGUUUAUGUGUAUAUGAACCAUGUUUAUUGCUUGAGCAAAAUGACAUUAGGUACCUGGUGCUAUUUGGGGAGAUCUUUCAUGUGUUUUUUGUGAGGUCAAAUUACUCUUUAUGGCGACCUCACUAAUAUGGACACCUCUAAUAUGGAGUCGACACAACCCUAUUACAGCCACUUCUCUGACAUAAACACCUUUCCAAUAUGGACAUCUCUCCAAUUUGAACAUCUCUCUGAUGUGGACACCUCUCCAAUACAGACACCUCUUUAAUACAGACACCUCUCUAAUUCAGACACCUCUCUAAUUCAGACACCUCUUUAAUACAGACACCUCUCUAAUUCAGACACCUCUCUAAUUCAGACACCUCUCUAAUUCAGACACCUCUGUAAUACAGACACCUCUCUAAUUCAGACACCUCUCUAAUUCAGACACCUCUCUAAUUCAGACACCUCUCUAAUAUGGACACCUCUCUAAUUCAGACACCUCUCUAAUUCAGACACCUCUCUAAUUCAGACACCUCUCUAAUUCAGACACCUCUCUAAUAUGGACACCUCUCUAAUACAGACGCCUCUCUAAUUCAGACACCUUUAAUACAGACACCUCUCUAAUUCAGACACCUCUCUAAUUCAGACACCUCUCUAAUAUGGGCACCUCUCUAAUUCAGACACCUCUCUAAUUCAGACACCUCUCUAAUAUGGACACCUCUCUAAUACAGUCACCUCUUUAAUACAGACACCUCUCUAAUUCAGACACCUCUCUAACAUGGACACCUCUCUAAUACAGACACCUCUCUAAUACAGACACCUCUAUAAUUCAGACACCUCUCUAAUUCUGACACCUCUCUAAUACAAAGAUCUCUCUAAUUCAGACACCUCUCUAAUAUGGACACUUCUCUAAUACAGACACCUCUCUAAUACAGACACCUCUCUAGUUCAGACAGACACCUCUCUAAUAUGGACACCUCUCUAAUGCAGACACCAGACACCUCUCUAAUAUGGACACCUCUAAUACAGACACCUCUCUAAUACAGACCUAUCUAAUACAGUCAUACAGACACCUCUCUAAUAUGGACAUCUUUCUAAUACAGACAUCUCUCUAAUACAGACACCUCUCUAAUUCAGACACCUCUCUAAUAUGGACACCUGUGGCUGUCUAAAUAUGGGCAUCUCUCUAAUAUGGAGACCUCUUUAGUACGGACACCCAUCUAAUAUGUUUUACAGGCACUUCUCUAAAAAAAAUUUACUAUUUGCUUUAGGAGGUGUUUUAACAGCCUGUCAGUUACGUGAUGAUCUACUGAUAGCAGGCUAUGCCAAUGGUAAGACAUGUCUGUGGAAUAUUGAGAGCAACUGGCAACAUUCUCUCCAGGCUUCAGCAGAAGUACAUCAGGAUCCAAGCAAAGCAAGUGUUGAAUGCGUUGCAGUCCUUGACAAUGUCUGUGCCACAGCUUUUUCAUGUGGUGGGUUAUACUUUUGUACAAUGGAAAUGGAACCCUUUAUUAACGGAGACCUGUCUUAAGCAGACCUACCUUUUAUAAGUGGGCACACCUUUUAAGUAUCCAGCAGGAAUCAAACAUGUGUACCGGUGAUUCCGGUGAAGCAAUGAACACAGAGCUACAGUACAUACAGAAGAGUUCAGUUGCCAAGUAUACCACAAAUUCUCAUGUAUAUGGUGAUGCCAGUGUACAAUACUCAGUUGAAGUCAGUUCAAUCUUGAAUAUUUAGCCUGGGAUAUAUACCUUACACUCGCAUCAAGUACAUAAUUUAUACAAGAACUUGUGGUUAAUUAAUGCUUGGCAACUGGACUCUAGCUCAGUGGUCAGAGCGCUGCGCUGUUUAAAGUGCAUAGUCUCACUCGACAUUCCAUCUACAACAACCUUUGAACAUUCAAACUCAUUAAUAAUUCAUGUAAUUAAUUCAACCAUAUUACUUUAUUUUGCUCACAUAAUAAUACUGGAUACCUGAUGAAGUACAUUGAUCCAGUCCUAGGACUGGAUCGAAAUUAAUUCCGUCCUUGGACUGGAUCAAAAUUAAUUCACCUCACUUUAAGCACUGAUUUAUUCGUAUGAGAUGUAAUUUCAAAUCGUCCAAUUCGGACUGGACUUCAAGUCCUCGCAUUUUGAUCCAGUCCUCGGGUUCGCCUCGGACUUGAUCAAAUGGACGACUUGCGCUUUAGGAUAUUUUCGGAAAGAAGUUAUCAAAAUUAGAAAAACUGCAAAGUUUGGUUGCGAAAUGUUGUAAAAUACGGAAAAUUGUAUGUUGUAAAAUACGGAAAUUGGUAACUAAUUUAGUUACCAAUUCACGCACGUAAUACAAAAGUAUACAAAUUUGCCAACUUUGAAGGGCUAUAUUUUCCGUAUUUUACAACAUGUUGCAACCAAACUUUGUAAUAUUGCUAAUUCCAAGACGCUCUUUCUAGCUGUGGUGAUAUAGUUCGUUGUUCUUACUUAGAUUAAAAUUUAGUCUAAAGCGCAAGUCGUCCAUUGCCCGGACUUGAAAUCUAGUCCAGUCCUCGUAGUACUAAUAAAUACUACUUUGAAUACUACUUCGAAUGAAAUACUACUUCGCUAUCGAGCGAGAUGCCUGUAUAGUUUUUUCUUAGUUAACAUUAGUAUAUACCUUCUCUUAACACUGUGUAGGUAUUGUAAACGUAUGGCAUACAGACAUCAGUGUUGACCCAAUCUACCAAUACCACGUGGGUAUACCAGCCGACCAUAUUGCUUUGGCUUCAAAAGAGACUCCACUACUACUGAAUAUCAGUGGUACAGACAUCCGUAUUGACCAAGUGAAUGACGAGGGACAAUGGCACUUCAUGCACAGUCACACAUUUGAAGACAAGGUAGAGACUCAGUACAAUUAUAUUUCCCUUUGUUAAACACUGAAUUAGUUUCCUCAAACAUUUCUUACAAAUCCUUCAAAACUUAGAAUUUACCUAUGCAAAAUUCCUACUGUGAUCACAGAAACUUUGAUAGUGUAAACCAUCCUUUACUGAACCUCUGGGAAACAAGCUUAGAAAAAAUGAUGGAAUUAACUACAGUAAAACCCCGCAUAUAAGAACCUAGAAUUUAAGAACCUGUUAGGUUAAAAUAUUUUAUUGAGACCCGCUUUAAAUAAGAACCUGUUCAGGCUAGAAUUUGAAAUAGAGUCAAAAUUAAGUCAUACGUUACAAUCAGUGUAGCUUUAAAGUGCAUAUAGGGUUGGUAUAGUGCAUAUACUGUCAUAUUUCAGAUCAUAUUUGUGCAUUAAUUUAAAUAUAAAGCAUAUGCCCACACUCCCUAAAAUGAGUUGCUUUUCUCUGAAGAAAAUAAGAACCUAUUUAAGAACCUGUUUAGCCUAAUUUCCUGGUAAGCACCAAUGCACCAUUUGCAUAAGAACCUGUUUAGGCUAACUUGGAAAAUCUAGGUUCUUAUAUGCGGGUUUUACUGUAUCAUGAAUAGAGAUUGCUUAAUUACGUUUGGCAGGCUGUAUACCUCGUAAACGACUCUUGGUUAUAUUAUGAUUUGUUCCUCGUGUAGGUCAGUUUCGUAGAGACCCUACCAGACUGCUCGGAUGCAAAUAAAACAUUGUUCGCACUGUCUUUGAAAGAAGAUAUAUUCAUUUACGAGGCAAGGCUGAAUGUGUUCAAAGAGCUUGAUAAAGUUGCUGGAACGAAGGUCACAUCUCUUGCCUGUGGCGAGGGAUUGAUUGCCGUUGGUUGGGCACCAUUUGGAUUUGGUAUUGGCACUGAAUUUACAGCCAAGGUAAGAGGGGAUUUUGACGUUUGCAAUUUGUCUCCAAUCACUGGAUCAUGACACACGUGAAAAUCUCACAACUUGUCAACAAGAUGUGUUCGCGACAGGCUUGUAGCAAGCUUAUCAACAAGUUGUAACAAUGCUGUUAUUUUAUCAAGUUGCUGCAAGGUUGUCACUCACAACUUGUUGACAAAUUGUUGAAUUGCAGGACGAUAACAAGUUGUUGGAAUAACUUGUAACAAGUACGUCUGUUGAGCUUAACAACCUUGUAGCAAGUUGUCAACAAGACAACAAGCCGUUGACAACUUGGCAAUAAGCUGGAAACAAGCAGUGCGAACACAUUCUGUUGACAAGUUGUUGGAACAGCAUUUCUACAAGUCAUAGUCUUUCAAGACAUGGUCUGGAAACUCAGUAAACUUCAAAGCGGUUUUAAUGAGCUGGGAGUUUAUGUUGAGCCGUACCUUACACCGUGCACAUCCUUUGUUUUAGGUUUAUUAAUAUUUAAAUAGUAUGGUUGAAUGGCUGAACUGAAACGUUGCUAUUGGAUGAUCCAUUCAUUAUACUGAAAUACAAUGUGUUCAUUGACCGUGCACCGUGCACAAAACUGCAUAAACGCGAACAAAAAGAUAGAACGAAGACUUUAGCGGAGUUUCCAAACCAUGUUUUGAAAGACUAUGUACAAGUCUGCUGCAUCUUUGUUACAACUUGUGCGUAUUUACGUGUGUAGAUAGUACAACUGAAAAAUCCCCAUUAAGGCCCACUUUGUUGAUUAGACAAUCACCCUUUUUGGUUGUAUAUUUCAGGUCCGUCUCUACGACACUGCGACGCUCAGACACCUGGGUCUCUUUGUUGGUCACUAUGCCGACAUCACGUGUUUAAACCUCGGCUUCGUGGGAGGUCUGGUAACGGGCAGCAAAGACAAGCGCGUCCGUGUCUACGACUUGCGUACUGAGGAGCCACAAUUGAGCCUGCGAGGUCACUCAUCCUCAGUAACAACCGUGCAAAUGGACUCUUGGAAAGUGGUCAGCGGUGCGCAGGAUGGUACCCUGAAAGUCUGGGACCUGCGAAUGGGUGGAGUACUAUGGGAGACGCGGGCAUCCCACCCUGUGAGGCUUAGCCGUUUUAAUACUGAACGACUUGUAACGGCUAAUAUUCCGGUAGAUAAAAUACCCCGGGUUAAUAUGUGGUAUGCUGAUGACCUCAUACAACAUCGUAGACACAGGGGUACCAUACAGGUGUAUGAUUUUGGAACGGAAGCUGGCGUAGUUGCCCCGGAAGAAAUGAGAUCGAAUUAUGACGACAUUUCCGGGUAUAAUUAUAAUAUUAAUCUCGUAGCGCCGUACGAUGCGCUUACCAGUGAAAUAAAUUAAAACGUAUUUAUAACAAUUGUUGUGUGUGUGUGUUCAUGAAUGAUAAUAAUAAUGCAUUUAUAAAGCCUAAAUUCUCAUGAAAAGUGUUUAGAUGCGCUAUAUAUUCUGGACCCUGGAUACGAGGAUGUAUAUUCGGAUUCCCGUUUUGAAUUCGGCGACGGCUACGAGAUUUGCAAGGCGUCACCCCCCUGAAAAUAUUCAAAAUGGGGAACGUUCAGGAGGGUGAAUGCAUUUCAACCGCACUGGCUAGAAACAUGGCGCGGAUGACGAAUCUUUGUGAAUCGUGCCGGUGGCGGCG